CGGAGGCUGCCAGCCCCAUUAUAAAAAGCUGCCGCGGCUAGCGGCGGAGGCACUACUCCGAGCUACAGACGCUGCCCAGCUUCCUGGCCCGCCGAAUUCCUGCACUCCAGCCAUGGCUCCCUCGCUGUUCGCGUGGCUGCUGCGCCUGGCCGCGUUUUUCCAUCUGUGUACCCUGCUGGCGGGUCAGCACCUCGGAUUGUCGAAAUGCAAAGUCAACUGCCAGAAGAUGACCUCACCAAUCCCAGUGGCUCUGCUCAUCCACUACGAGCUGAACCAGGAAUCCUGCGGCAAACGCGCCAUCAUCCUGGAGACGAGACAGCACAAAAUCUUCUGUGCUGACCCAAAGGAGAAAUGGGUCCAAGACGCCAUGAAACAUCUGGACCGCCAGGCCUCUGCCCCGACUCAAAAUGGUGGCAAGUUUGAGAAGUGGGUCAACAAUGUGACACCUAGGAUGACCCCGGCCACCAGGGGACUGUCCCCAUCUGCACUGGCAGAGCCUGAAGCCACGGUGGAAGGCCUUACUUUGGAGCUGACCACUAUUUCCCAGGAGGCCCGGAGGCCCGUGGGGACUUCCCAAGAGCCACCAGCAGCAGUGACUGGAUCAUCUCCCUCAACUCCCAAGGCUCAGGAUGCAGGGCUUGUGGCCUCACCUCAAAGCACUGGAAUUUUUGAGGGGGCUGCCAUCUCUACCACCAUUUGGCAGAGUUCUGCUGUCUACCAAUCUGGAUCUAGCCUCGGGGCUGAGGAAAAGGCUACUGAGGCCCCCUCCACUCCAGCCCCAUCUACCCAGGUGCCCACCACCUCACAUUCAACCCCGGAGGAGAAUAUUGGGUCUGAAGGCCAGCACCAGUGGGUCCAGGGACAAGACCCCAGUCCAGAGAAGUCUCUAGAGCUCGAGGAGACCAUUCCUGCUCUCCAGGACAGGGGGCCUGGCAACACAGUCCAUCCUUCAAUGGCCCCCAUGUCCUCUGAAGGGACCCCCAGCCCAGAGCUGGUGGCCUCAGGCACUGAGGCUCCCAAGGUAGAGGAGCCCAUCCAUGCCUCGGCAGAUCCCCAGAAAUUGAGCGUGCUUAUCACUCCCGUCCCUGACUCCCAGGCAGCCACCCGAAGGCAGGCAGUGGGGCUACUGGCUUUCCUUGGCCUACUCUUCUGUCUGGGGGUGGCCAUGUUUGCCUACCAGAGCCUCCAGGGCUGUUCCCGCAAAAUGGCAGGGGAGGUGGUAGAAGGCCUCCGAUAUGUCCCUCGUAGCUGUGGCAGUAACUCAUAUGUCCUGGUGCCAGUGUGAGCUGCCCGCUUGCCCACGUCCAUAGUUUGAUUCAGACAGCUGUCUGGGGACCCCCAUCCUCAUACCCACCCUCACCCACGCAGGGGAAUUGGGAAUGGGGAGGCUGGAUCCUCCAGGGGCCAUGUGCUCCAAGCCCCAAGUUGUGGCCCUGGAGGCCACCAUUAACCAUGACUCCCUUAUCAGAGACAGCUGGUGGCCUUCCAGCUGCCCUGUAUUCAAAAGACUCCUCUGCUGCUGGCUGGUCAGAGGGACCCCUUGACAUCCCAACCCCAGCGAACAAUUAUUUAUUGACUUCCCAGCCUGUUUCCUGUGAGCACCAUGGUCCACCCAUCUCACGAGCAGCAGGCCAGGCCUAUCUGCCUGUCCCCCUUCCCUCCUCUCGUCUCCUGUGUUUGCUGCAGUCGCCAGCCCUCCUUUCUCCCCGGCCAGCUGCGGUGCUAUCUCUCCCUGUCCCCUGUACAGAGCACACCGCCGUCACCAUCAACACCAUGUCGUGUCUUUUCUUGCAUGAGGUUAAGCUGUGUUUCCUGGAGCUCUCUGGGAAGGGGGACGAGCGUGCGUGAGGCUUCAAAGCGUUCCUCCCUGGACUUCGCUGUGCCCUGAAGGCAUGCUGUGUCUGAAGGAAGGGUCUAGUCCCCACUCAGCUACCUGAACAACAAAGUGCCCCACCUGUAAAAGAAAAGAAGUGUGGCCCAGAGGCAGCAGUGACCCUGGUAUCACCCUCCCUGAGGUCCUUGUCCUCAUUCCUGGAUGCAGCCCCCACCCUUAUCAACAAUAACAGUCACUGCCAUCCCACUGGAGUGACACCUUUGCACCCUGGGACUCUGAGGGCUGGCAAGGGGUGACUUGAGAGUACAGAUCCUACCCUGUAGGCCCCCAAAUGGAGGCUGAUGUGCAAAAACAGGCCAACUCAGAAGGCACCCCUACCCUGCCCCCCAAGAUUACAGCCACAGGUCUGCCCUGCCUGAAGAACAAGCCGCAGAAGGAAGAGGGUGACAAGCCCCCCCGGGAGGCAGAGGAUCAGGGUUAGCCCCAGGAGCCGCUACACAACUGACUUCAGUUAGGGACUUGCACGUGCAUGGACGCAGCCGAGAUCAUUCAGAGGCCGGAUCCUUUCCCACCUCUGAAAGUGCUGUUCCCAUCAAGGUCUCACCUUUGCCCCACUGUAGGCAGAGCCAGACUCCAAGAGCCCUGUGAAAUUUUCCGGAAGGGACCCUGCCCUGGGCACAAGGUGACUGGAAGCAGGGAGCAGCUGAGCAGCACCCCAGCUGGCGCUGCAGACCUCGCCCUCAGGGCCCUUGGUGGCAGCUCUCCCCAUAGCCCAACCCUCCAACUUUGGAGCCUCCCAUGGGCAGGGCUUCACCCAGAAGCCAGUGACUCACUCCUUGGCAGGUGGAAGCCCGGAAGAGUUGGCUGUUUCCCAGAGUGAAGCAGCCCUUGGCGACCCUCCCUCCUGGGAAGCUUGUAGGAGGCUGUGGUCUGUCUCCAGGGUACUCAGUGUAGUCCUGAGGAUCAGCAGCCUGAGUGCACAAUGUCCUGGCUCCUUCAUUGGGGAGCCUUCAAGGGUUGGGACACCCCCCGUGGGACUGUUUGGUUCCUCUCAGCAGGAUGUGGGCCGAGACAGUCUGGGGAGAACUUUGGAAGGAGUUGGUGAGUCCUUCAGCUUUUUCAAGCACCAUUAACCAAUGUCUGUGUCAUUUUGUAUUUUACUAAUAAAAUUUAAAAGUCUUGUGA